GCAACCUGCACCUUGGCUCUCAGGUAUUCCAUCCCCACCGGGGUGAUCUCCUGGAAUGCUGACUGGAGAGCUUCUGCAGGUCGACAAUAGCUACAGUAUAUCUCCUUUAUUUUUCCUUCGCUUUCCUACGUACAUCUUCUCUCUGUUUUCCUCAGCAUCAUGCCUCCGGCCCGAGGUCUUCGUACACGAGGUACAAUGAACGAAAAUGAUGAGAACGGGCCGUCGACGCGUCUGACACGAGCAAAGGCCGCUGCUCUGUCUGCAGGAGAUAUUCCAACAACCACCGCGGCUGCUAAAAAGCCCCUUCAGACCAAGAAGGCCGCCACCAACUCGACGACUACGGGAACACAAAGAAGACGCGCUGCCCUCGGAGACGUCAGCAAUGUUACAAAAACGGAAAAUGGUGAGGCCAAGGAAACGAAGAAAGCCGCGUCUGGCAAGGUCGGCUUGACGUCGAAAGCUACCCUGCAGACCGGCGGUGUUCAAAAGCUGAGCCGAAACAACUCAUCACGUACGGCCUUGGGCGCCAAAGAUAACAACGCGAAGAAGGAGAAGCCUGCGGUUGAAGGAAAGCGUCCUGGAAGUGGUUCUGGUAUCGGCAGCACACAAAUGAAACGGACGUCCAGCCAGAAAUCGGUACAGGAGAAAUCCCUGCAGACCGACGAACCGCCGCGCAAGAAGGUCGAAGUUGAGAAGAAGAUCACCGAGAAGAAGGCAACCGUGGAGAAGGUUUCCUCAGCGAAAGAAGAUGCUGUGAUUGCCGCUGAGCCUGAAGUCGCCAAGAAGCCUGAGGACGUAGUCGACGACCUGGACACUGAAGAUUUGGACGAUCCUCUGAUGGCCGCUGAAUACGUGGUGGAGAUCUUUGACUACCUGAGAGACCUGGAGUUGGAGACAUUACCCAAUCCUCGCUACAUUGAGCACCAACCCGACCUCGAGUGGAAGAUGCGUGGCAUUCUUGUCGACUGGCUGAUUGAAGUUCACACACGCUUCCGUCUCCUCCCCGAGACGCUUUUUCUCGCUGUGAACAUCAUCGACCGUUUCCUUUCCGCUGAAGUCGUCGCACUUGAUCGCCUUCAAUUGGUCGGAGUUGCCGCCAUGUUCAUUGCUUCCAAAUAUGAGGAAGUUCUUUCACCCCAUGUGGCCAACUUCAGUCACGUUGCAGACGAAACAUUCACAGACAAGGAGAUUCUUGAUGCCGAACGCCACAUCCUAGCCACUCUCGAGUACAACAUGAGCUAUCCCAACCCCAUGAACUUCCUCCGUCGUAUUUCAAAGGCAGACAAUUAUGACAUUCAGACUCGUACCCUCGGCAAGUACCUCAUGGAAAUCAGUCUUUUGGAUCAUCGCUUCAUGUGCUAUCCUCAAAGCCACGUCGCCGCAGCCGCAAUGUAUCUUGCUCGGUUGAUCCUGGAACGUGGGGCUUGGGACGCCACCCUAGCGCACUAUGCUGGCUAUACCGAGGAAGAGAUCGACCCUGUCUUCCGAUUGAUGAUCGACUACCUUCACCGUCCUGUAUGUCACGAAGCGUUCUUCAAGAAAUACGCAAGCAAGAAGUUCCUCAAGGCCUCCAUCCUUACCCGGCAGUGGGCCAAGAAAUACCAUCAAAUGUACAUUGAUAGCGCACUCACGGAACCGUACAACUUCAUCAAAGAAAGUGAAUAGGCGCGCAUCGAUGUUGUGCUAGCAUGCUGAUCAUGGCCACGAUAUGCCACAUAUCUCCGUGUUAGAGCAACGGAUUCAAUUCGAGUUAUAUGUCGGCAUUUGUUUGUUUGUGAUGGUAAAAGGGCACCUCUUGCAUACGGUUAUGACGGUAUUUCUGUUUUCCAGUUUGCGUACGUUGGCAUUAUCCGCUUCUCUCGGGGUGUCUGGCGCAUCGUCUGUUUAAGUUCUUUCAGCUCUUUUUGGUUUCG